UGUGCUUCAUCCUUUUAGGAGCCAAGGUAUUGAAUGUUUGAAGAAGACUAAACUUAAUGUCGUAACACCUGAAGUGGGUAUGAAAGCAUUUAGUGAUUUUGACAUCGAUGAAAGGUUACUAAAGUCUAUUGGGAUCAUCGGGUGGGAAUCGCCCACCCAGGUGCAGGAGUCGUUGUUUUCCCUCGCUCUAGAGGACAAAAAUGUCAUCGCUAGAGCGCGGACGGGAAGUGGCAAAACUGGCGCAUAUUUAAUUCCUAUUAUUAACAAAGUUAUCGGCUUUAUUUCGUCCGAUUCGAAAUUUUUUGGCGGACCAACAGCGUUGUUCAUCGCCCCUACUAAAGAGCUUUGUAUUCAGAUUAACGAUCUGCUUGUGAAGCUUCUUGAACCACUUCCAUUUCUGCAGUCCCUAAACUUGUCUGAUUUGGCAAUGGAAGAGCGUUCAGUCUGGGAAAACGUAAGUAGACGGUUCUUAAAAUAUUGGGGUCUUUAUAGGCUAGACGUGCCGGAUUUUAUCUCUAUCAAGAAAUCUCUUCCGUCAAAGUACCAAUGUAUUAUGACCUCAGCUACCGUCACCGAUGAUAUGAGUCCUUUGAAGACGUUGUUCAUGACGGGUCCAGUUUUCACAAUCAAAUUGAAGGAGGGAGAUCUUCCUAAUGUCGACCAAUUGGCACAGUAUCAAAUAACAUGUUUGAAUGACCAUGAACGGUUCACAAUACUUGUAGCGAUGUUCAAACUGAGGCUGAUCGUUGGCAAAACCAUAAUAUUCGUUAAUGAUACCAAUAGAUGUUAUAUGACGUCACUGGUGCUCAGAGCAUUUGGAUUAAAAUCAUGCGUUUUGAAUUCUUCCAUGCCUGCCAAUUCACGCUUCCAUGUUAUUAACCAAUAUAAUAAUGGUGCAUUCGACAUUAUCAUCGCAUCUGAUGCUGUAGAUGCUUUCGGUGAUGAUUCAGUUCAAUCAAGAGAGCUGUAUCUUGGGAAAUACUGUUUUUUUUGCUCCUGGUUGCUUUUCUGCGAAAUUAUAUACGAAUAUUUCCAGUCCUCGCGUAAGGAUAAGGAAUCUGGCGUUUCUCGAGGGAUCGAUUUUCAUCAAGUAGGAAAUGUAGUGAAUUUGGAUUUUCCCACAUCAACUGACAUCUACAUCCAUCGUGUUGGGAGAACUGCUCGUGGCCGAAAUAAAGGAACAGCUUUGUCACUUUGCACUCCUGAGGAGAGGGUGUACUUAGAUGAAGUUCAGGAAGAUAUCAACGGACAAAUGGGCAGAAAAGUGAUAGUUCCUUAUGAAAUUCGUAUCAAAGAACUGGAUUCCUUCGUUUUGAGAGUGAAGGAAGUUCUUUCAAAGUGCGGAAAGUCAACGAUCAAGGCUGCCCGAAUACAGGAAAUCAAGUUGGAGGUGAGUGCAACUUCGUAUGUAUACGGGUUUACAGAAAAAAUGUGUGGCAUUGAAGAUUUUUUUGGAAAAUCUUGUACUUUCAUCUAUGAAGUCACUCUGUCACCAGUUACAAAUCCUAAUGUUCCGAACGCUUUUGGAUGGCUCUUGAGAGGCAUAAGAUGGUACGACGAAUACCCAGUUAUCUUCGCAGUGUUUGGGGUUAUCAUCCAGGAAGUAAACUUGCUCAUGUCUUGGACGUUUUUCACGUUUUCGUUGUAG